AUGUACCCCACGGGCCCUCUGGCUGGUCCGGCCCCGCGGCGCGGCCGCCACGCCCCGCCCGGGCGCCCGGCGCAGACGCCGCGGCCUCCCGCCCCCGCCCCGGGCCCCGCCGCGCGGCCCCGCGUGGCCGUGAAGAUGGCCUUCCGAAAGGCCUACUCCAUCAAGGACAAGCUGCAGGCCAUCGAGCGCGUCAAGGGUGGCGAGCGGCAGGCCAGCGUGUGCCGCGACUUCGGCGUGCCCGGCGGCACGCUGCGGGGCUGGCUCAAGGACGAGCCGAAGCUCCGCUGGUUCCUGGAGCAGCUGGGCGGCGAGGCGGGCACGCAGCGCAAGAAGAUGCGCCUGGCCAACGAGGAGGAGAUCGACCGCGCCGUGUACGCGUGGUUCCUGGCGCUGCGCCGGCACGGCGUGCCGCUGUCCGGGCCUCUCAUCCAGGCGCAGGCCGAGGCCUUCGCGCGCCAGAUCUACGGGCCCGAGUGCACCUUCAAGGCCAGCCACGGCUGGUUCUGGCGCUGGCAGAAGCGCCACGGCAUCUCCAGCCAGCGCAUCUACGGCGAAGCCGAGCCGCCCGCCGCCCGGCCCGCGCUCGGCCCGCCGGUCAAGCAGGAGACCCCGCCGCCCCCGGGCGCCGCCCCCCGGCCCGCCCGCGCCCCGGCCCCGCCGCCCCCGGCCGAGGGCGCCUACGGCGACGAGCAGAUCUACAACGCCAACGUCACCGGCCUCGACUGGAGGCCGCUCCCGGAGCAGGCUGCGCCCCUGGGCGCGGGGGACGGCGGCCGGCGGUGGCGGGGCGACCGGGUGACCGUGCUGCUGGCCGCUAACCUGACCGGCAGCCACAAGCUGAAGCCGCUGGUCAUCGGGCAGCUGCCAGACGCGCCCAGCCUGCGGCACCACCCUCGGGACAAGCUCCGGGCCUCCUACCGCUACAGCCCCGACGCCUGGCUCAGCCACCCCCUGCUGCGGGGCUGGUUCUUCCAGGAGUUCGUGCCCGGCGUCCGGCGCCACCUGCGCCGCCGCUGCCUGCAGCAGAGGGCCGUGCUGCUGCUGGCCCCCCCGCCCUGCCCCAGCCCCGCGGCCCGGGCGCCCGCCCUGGAGGAGAGCGAAGACACCCCCCAGAGGUUCCGGUCCGAGCUUCUGGGCCCCCCGGAGGAGCUACAGACCCCCGACGGGGCCGUGCGAGUGCUGUUCCUGCCCCAGGACAGCGGCCGGCUGCACGGCCCCGCGCCGCGGGAGCAGGGCGUGGGGGCUGCGUUCCGGCAGCUGUACCGGCGGGAGCUGCUCCGCCUGGCCGCCCGCGCUGGGGGCUCCCCGCUGGACUUCGCCCGCAGCUUUGUGCUCGGGGACAUGCUCUACCUGGCCGGCCUCUCCUGGGACCUGGUGCAGGCCGGCGGCAUCCAGCGGUGCUGGCUGCUGGGCUUGCGCGCCGCCUUGGAGCCGCAGGCAGGCGAGGGCGCCGGGCGGCGGGCUGGGCAGGCCGGGGCGGCCGAGCACAGGAGGGUGCUCAGCGACCUCAGCCGCCUGGCAGCCCUGGCCUACGAGCGCCUGGCACCUGAGGAGGUGGCCGAGUGGCUGCACUUGGACGGCGAGGGGGGGCUGCCCGAGGGCUGCGGGGAGGACGCGGGCCCCGGCCGGCCCCCCGCACUGGCCCCUGUGGCCCCUCUGUCCCUGGGCAGCCUACCCUCGGUCAUGGAGAGUGGGGAGCAGGAGGCGGCGGCCACCACACCCACCGCUGGGGAGGCAGUUCGGGGUCUGGAGACCGCUCUCCAGUGGCUGGAGAGCCAGGACGCCAGGGAGGUGGGGCCCCUGGACCUGGUGCAGCUGCGCUGCCUGAUCAGCACAGCCAGGAGGCUGGGGAGCAUCGGGCCCGCCCCCGCAGUCCCCCGCCACCGGGUGUGA